UCUCGUAACAGUGGAACUACGAUGCUCUCAAUCGUUGUGAAUCACUGGCACUAACCAUUCGAUAGUGCAUUAGUGCAAUAAUUUACUGUCAAAUAACCGUUCACAAUAUUAUACUUGCACGUCAGACGAUUUCCCGAACUCUGUUCAUAUUUCGCAGCAAGGUCGUGGUUGUUUGGAAUUUGGAUGUCUAUCGAACUCAACUCGGACGAUGGUACUGCAAGUAUCUGUUGUCGUACACGAGGAUUGGUAAUAUAGAUGUCGAAGAUUCAGAUUUCGAAGAUGAAGAAUUUGAAAACUUGGCCAUAUUACUUGCUUUUCCUAUGCGACAAAGAAUAUUUAGACCACAAACAGAUCAUUUUACAUGGUGGAGAGAUGAUGAAUUUUUUGAUAGAUUUCGAGUAUCAAAAAGUACAGUGCGUUACAUAGUUGAUAUGAUAAGUGACCGAAUUUGUUCUCGUACUGAUUGGAAUCGUGCUGUUACUCCAGAACAUAAAGUUCUCCUUGCAUUACGAUACUAUGCAACGGGAUMAAUGUUGGUUGUGUGUGGUGACUUCAUUGGAGUUCACAAAUCGACUGCUAGCCGAAUAGUCAAACUUGUAUCUCACGUCAUUGCUACACUUCGUCCACAAUUUAUUAAGUUUCCAGACAUUGAAAAUGACAUCAAGAAGUUAAAGCAAGAUUUCUAUAAUAUUGCCAAGUUUCCAAUGGUUAUUGGUGCCAUGGAUUGUACACAUAUCAAGAUAAAGUCACCAGGAGGAAACAAUGCUGAAGCAUAUAGAAAUAGAAAAGGUUUUUUUUCAAUAAACGUGCAAACCAUUUGUGAUGCCAAUUUAAAAAUUCAGGACAUCGUUGCUAGGUGGCCUGGAUCUUCACAUGAUUCGACUAUUUUUAAAAACUCUGAAAUAAGAAGAAAAUUUGAAAUGGGAGAAAUGAGUAAUAACCUCAUAGUAGCAGACAGUGGUAAUGCUCAAAGAAAUUAUGUGAUGACGCUUGUUGGAAAUCCUCAAACUAUAAUAGAUCCAACAUCAGGUAUUACUGCAGAAGCCAUAGACAAAUACAAUGAAUCGUUAAUCCGGACAAGGAAUACUGUAGAGAGGAGUUAUGGAGUCUGGAAACGUCGAUUUCCAGUAUUAGCUACUUGUAUCAAUGUUAAAGUGUCAUCAUCUCAAAGCAUAAUUGUUGCUACAGCAGUACUACACAAUAUAGCUUGUAAUUUUGGGGAAAGAUUGCCUAGAGUCACUACAGAACAGGAGUCAUCCAUUAAAAUUACAGACUUCAAUAAUGUUGGUGAUAAUAUUAGUAGGAAUGCAGUUAAUAGCACCAGAAAACAGAUAAUUAGAUACUUUAAAAAUAAGUAAUUAAAUAAAGUAUAGUUUCAUACAUGAUUAGCCUUAUAGCGUUUUUAUCGAAGUCAUCAAUUUUUUCGUUGAUUUUUGCACGAAUUUUUGUUUUAUUUGGUGACUUCAGUAGGUUGUCCUUUUUGUAAUCCCGUAUGGUAUUAACAAUAGUAUCACGUCCAAUUCCGGAUGCUUUCGAUAGAUACGCAAUCAAAGGUUUGUACUUGAUAUCCGGUUGCUCUUCAAGUUUGGUUUUAUACAGAUUAAUA